AUGUUAAACUUCGAAAAUUUCCUCUUGUUCUACCCAUUUCUGCACCUCCAUUUCUACCUUCAGUUUAAUUUUAUCUGUAAUUUUGAUUCUGCUGUUAAAACGUGUUCUGCCUCAAACUUCGAGCUUCUAAAAUUGUUUGAGAACUGGGUUUUCCCCAUUUUGUUAAAUUGAAGCUCCUACACUUUAAACGGUUCAGCUUCGGAAGCUCACAUCUUAUUCCGAGCGCAAAUUUAUGGAAAUCAGUAGCGAAACAACUAUGGGGGUUCUUGUGUUGUUUCUGCGUAGUGAUAUUUUGAAUUAGUGUUGAGGCUCUGUCUUUUCUUCUCUUCUUUUUUUCGUUUAAAAUGUUGCAGUGUUCUGUUGCUGAUGCGUAAAGGCCUAAAGGGCAUGUGUUGGGGGCGUCAAGCCUUAUAAGUCUAUAGUUGCCAUGAGAUUGUAAUUGGAAUUGCUGGAGAAGAAUGCCUGGCAUACCUCUCGUGGCUCGUGAAACUUCCUUUGAUUUUUUUUGAAGGAUCAUACCAUUUGAGAAAUAUUUUGACUUCUUCAAAAUUCGGAUGAGCUGUAAAAGUUAGCACUUCUUAUGGCCGGAUGUACCAUGUAGCUUCAAAUCAUAGUUCCUUGCUGGUACAAGCACUAACACAUAUGGGAGAACUAGUCUGUUCCAGAAACGCAGAUCAGAUGUGCCGUGUAGAAUCUCGUGUUCAUCUAUCUGAAGAAGAGGAAAUUGCUGCAGAAGAGAGCUUCUCGCUUUACUGCAAGCCAGUUGAACUUUAUAACAUUCUUCAGCGCCGUGCUAUUAGAAAUCCCCUGUUUCUUCAAAGAUGUUUAAGGUACAAAAUAGAGACAAAACACAAGAGAAGGAUCCAGAUGACAAUUUCGAUCUCUAGGACUUCAAGUGCUAAUGGCCAGACACAGAAUCUGUUUCCUAUGUAUGUCAUCUUGGGAAGAUUGGUCUCUGACAUUGCAGUUGCCGAGUUCUCUGGUGUAUAUCGCUUCAGUCGAGCUUGCCUCUUAACUGGCAUUAACAGAGUGGAAAGCAAUUCUCAAGUUAUAGCUAAUUUCAUCCUUCCUGAAAUUAACAAGCUAGCUGUGGAGGCAAAAUCUGGGUCACUUGCUAUAUUAUUUGUUAGCUGUGUUGGAUCUGCAAAUACUUUGUCUGGUGUAGAUUCAGUUGAUGGGCCUUUAUACAUGGCAUCUGUUCCUGCGGUUGCAGGUUACUGCUUAUGGGGCAAGAUACCUCUGGAAUCACUUUACAUUUCGUGGCAGAAUUCAUCAAAUUUUGGUCUCGGACAGAGGGCUGAGAUAAUGUCAACUGUUGACAUGCGCUCUUGUGUUGUGAAGACGAGUUGCUUGGAUGGAGAGAAGUGUGUAGGAUUUCAAAUUCCAUAUAAUUCUGAUUCUAUGCAUACAGCACAGCAAGUACAGGUCACAAUUUCUGCAGAAGAGUUUGGCGCUAGGGAUAAAUCUCCGUAUGAUUCAUACACGUACAGUGAAAUACCUUCCUCGUCACUAUCUCAUAUGAUUCGGUUGAGGGCGGGAAAUGUUAUUUUCAAUUAUAGGUACUACAAUAAUAGAUUGCAGAAAACUGAAGUAACCGAAGACUUUUCCUGUCCAUUUUGCUUGGUUAAAUGUGCAAGCUUUAAGGGCUUGAGAUGUCACUUAUUAUCAUUACACGAUCUCUUCAACUUUGAAUUUUGGGUAACUGAAGAGUAUCAAGCUGUAAAUGUUUCCACGAAGACUGAUGUUUGGAGGUCUGAGAUCAUCGCAGAUGGCAUUGAUCCAAAGCAGCAGACAUUCUUCUUCUGCUCAAGACCUCUCAGAUGCAAAAAUGUUAAGAGCGCAGUUCAAAGUGCAAAGCACAUACAUCCUUUUGUUGUAGAGUCUGAAUAUUCGGACAAGGCGGAUGAUGCUCAAUCUAGCAAAGGUGAAAAGGCUCAAAUAUCAGGUUUUUUAAGUACCACUCUGCAUUCAUCCAAUGUUCCUGACUGCGUACAAUCAAUAUCAGGGCACAAUGUCGCACCAACCAUGCUUCAGUUUGCCAAGACAAGAAAAUUGUCGAUUGAACGUGCAGACCCAAGACACUGUACCCUCUUAAGGAAGAGACAGUUCUUUCAUUCCCACAGAGCUCAGCCAAUGGCAUUGGAACAAGUGUUAUCAGAUCGAGAUAGUGAAGAUGAAGUUGAUGAUGAUGUUGCAGAUCUCGAGGAUAGGAGGAUGCUCGAUGAUUUUGUCGAUGUAACCAAGGAUGAGAAGCGAAUGAUGCAUAUGUGGAAUUCAUUUGUCAGGAAGCAACGGGUGCUGGCAGAUGGCCAUAUCCCCUGGGCUUGUGAGGCAUUUUCACAAUUACAUGGACCAAACCUUGUCAAAACUCCAGCUCUACUAUGGUGCUGGAGAUUGUUUAUGAUUAAAUUGUGGAACCAUGGGCUACUUGAUGCAAACUCCAUGAACAGUUGUAACAUUAUUCUUGAAAGAAUACAUAGUGAAGCUUCGGAUCCUAAAAGCUGAGAGGAAUCAAAUUUAUUCAUUUCCUUACUGAAAGUCAAGAUUAUUGGUGAAAGAGAGAUAUUUGUUCACUGCAUGCCACUAUGUGUUGUAUUUCUAUACUACGUGGACCGUUGUCCCCUUUUAUUAUUAUUUUUUUUUUAUCAUCAUUAUUUCUUUUUUAUAAUAUGUUGAGAUACUGUAUAAUUUGGAUUUGGGAACUCCCAAGAAAGGAAUUGGAAUACAGAAAUUUGAUUUCAUGCACCCAAUUUGGGAUUC